AUGGCAGUCACCGAGCUGGCGCGACUGCGCCUGCAAGAUGGCACUGAAGCCUCAUCUCCAUCGCUACAUGCCAACUUGGCCAAAGCAAAGGACGUCAUGGAAAAGGCCAGUGGGUUUGAGUUCUGGUAUUACCAUUGCCUGGAAGAGCCGAAUAUCAUCUUCAUUCUAGGAUCGUGGCCAUCUGUCGACUUUCACAUGCACCAAUUCAUCCCUGGUCCUCAGAAUCAAGAACUGCUCGCUCUGCUCCAAGACCAGAUCACGGUGGAAUGGAUGUUCCACCUGGACAUUGACCAACGCAUACAAUCUCUGCCUCUCAAACACGACGUACUCUCAAUUGACCGAUAUAUCGUCCAAGCUGGUAAAAAAGAACGAUUUCAGGCUACAUUCGAAAACAACAAACACGCAUUGGAGUCACACGUGGGGGAACAAGGGAGGCUUAUCUGGGGGUGGCGUCUUGACAAAGGUUAUGAUCCAUCGAUCGGAGGCGAGAAACCAAAGGAGCAGUUCGUCCUCCUCAGUGGCUGGGAUAGCAUUGAACAACACCUGGAGUUUGCCAACACGGAAGUAUUCCAGAAGUACAGUCAGAUCAGGAGCCACAUGGAGGAGGAACCGGAUAUCAAGCAUGCGAGAUUGAUGCGUGUUGAGGAACUGCGGCGUUGA